AUGGUCUUAUGUGAAAACUUAGUCCUCUUUAAUCAAAGAGCCUACUAUAAGUCAUUGUAUCCACAUUGUUCUUGGGGUUUUGUGGCUCAAUUGAGAAGUAGAAAGAAAAGGAUAAGUGGAUUGGUUCCAAAUGCAAAGAAAAAACAUUCUAGGAAGAGAAUUUGGUGGCAGAAAUUCUUUUUUGAUGAUGAUGGAAAUUGGCUUGGUUUGAAGGAUGAGGACAUGCUUGAAGGGGAGGAGCUUGAGGGCUCGAUUGAUAAGGAGUUCUCAGAGGGUGAAAAGUUUGAAGCUUGGAAAAGGAGAGCUGAGGCAAUCAUAGAAUUGAGGGAAGCACAAGAAGAUAUGAGGAAUGAAGAGAAUCGAAGGUGGGAAGACUGGCUUGUUGAUGGAAACCAUAAAGAUAUUGAUAGUUCAUCGUGGGUUCAAGACUUGAGUGAUGGAAAUGGUAAAGUGGGAGAGGAUGUCUGGGAAGAAGAUUCAGGUGAGAUGAUUCCUGGUCGGGGUUUGGUCAAGUCUGUGAGGGAUUUAGUCCUCGGGGAGGAAGAUGAUGACAUGCUAUAUGAAGACCGUAUUUUUCGGUAUGCUUCAUUCAAUUCGGCUAAAUUUUUGGCAGUCUUGAUAGUUGUACCAUGCGCCUUGGACUUUUUGGUUCAUGACUAUAUUCUUAUGCCUUUUCUUGACAGAUAUGUGAAGACUGUACCACUUGCGGCACAAAUGCUUGAUGUGAGAAGACACCAAAAACUUGAAAUGGUUAAGGAAUUAAAAAUUGAAAAAGCUAGGUUUCGGCUUGAGGUAGAGAUUGGCAAAUCUCCACCUCUUUCUGAUGAGGAACUUUGGUUCGAGUUGCGGCAUAAAGCGUAA